UAAGAAAGUCAAAAAAAAAAAAAACAUUGAACCGGGCCCGGCCCGGCCCGGUUAGGCCCGGACCCGGUAUCAACCCGGGCCGGUUCCGGGCCCAUGUAACCCGAAAAAAAGCCCGCCCGGGCCCGGCCCGGAACCGGAACCGGACCGGCCCGGGUCCAUCCCUAGGCUAGAUUGCUAGAAAGGCAAUUGGAAAGCAAAUAUAUCCCCACUUUGAAACAACGUAAGUUGCAAUCCCUGAAAUGGAAUUAUUGUUUUUAUAAGUGGAACUGUGGGGGUGUAUCAACUAAUCCUCCGUGUCACAUGCUAAGGUUUCUAACGAGGGGAGAGAGGAGCGGCGAAGGGAAACCCUAGCCUCCUCCUCCUCUUUCUUCCUUCUUUUGACUUCAAUCAUGGAAAACGAUUCGUUUAAUCAGUAUUUUCAGUUCUAUCUAUACGUUUAUUUCCUAGCGUUGUCUAGAGAUAUUAUUUUUGGUGGUGAAGUGUCGCCCGCCAGAUCUAUAUUCUCCGUCAUCAUCGGUCGGGUGUUCUUGUGUGCUAGUAAGAGGUUUGUAUUGGUUUCUUUAUCAAUAAUGAAUGAGGACUUCUUCUGCAUCGAUAUAGAGGCCGAUCGUCCCCCUCCUGAACCACCGCCGAUCCAGGAAGAUGAUAUUGGAUGUAUUGCUUUCUUUCCGGUGGCUGGUCAAACCGGAACAAUUUCUGCACUUGGCUCCUUACCGGUGGCUGGAAAAACUGGCAAGUUCAAUAAUUCAUUUUUAGUGGUUGGUCAAGUCGAACCCAUUUCGAAUAGCAUGAGCAGACACAAUGCGGUACGAGUCCACAUUGUUGCAGGGUUAGCGAACAUGAGUGCUUUUAUAUGGCGUUUUUGUUCUUUGUCUCACCCUAGUGUAGUAUUGAACGCUAUGAUUGUAAUGAUUCGGCUUUUAGUCGUUAUUUUUCUUGUUAAGAACUGAUUAUCAAUCAAAUGAUUAUUUGAUUUUUA